AUGGCGGCGUGCAGAGCAGGCGCGGAUUUAGUGCACGUGUUUUGUCACGAAGAAGCAGCAGGGGCGAUUAAGAGUUACUCUCCGGAUGUCAUCGUGCACGCGUGUUUGAAAGACGAAAGAGACGCACGCGAGUCGGGAGUAAGUCUCGAGGACCUUCAAGAUCAGUUUUUGAAAGAGAAUAGGGAGAUGAUAUCGAGGAUGGAUGCGAUUGUUAUCGGUCCUGGGUUAGGGAGGGAUAGUUACACGUGGUCGUUCGCGCGUUUAUGUUUCAGCAUAGCGAGAACCGUAAACGCGCCCGUUGUAUUCGACGCGGAUGCGUUGUUCAUGAUACACGCUUCCGAAACGCUUAAACCGCUUGUGAGAUUUACGAUGGAAAAAGCCCCUCCUGUCGGCGUCAACGGUUACGUCGUUUUCACACCGAAUGUUCGCGAAUAUACGUAUGGUUUCGAUCCUAACGAUACUACUGGGAAAACUGUGGACAACGUGGACGCUUUCUUGGAAUCGAGCGACGGCCACGUAGGAAGUUGUCACACGUUCUACCCUAGCAUCUUAGCAAAAGGCGCGGACGAUAUAUACGUGCAUUUAGUGAAAGGAUUGAAAGAAGGUCCAACGAAAUUCGAGAACGUUCCGGGAUCCAAGAAGCGAUGCGGCGGUCAAGGCGACAUACUCUCCGGAGUCCUCGCUGUCUUUCUAGCUUGGUCGAACGACCGAUACAGGGGAGACCUCGAACGCGACCCGGAGACGAUGACUAACGAUCUAAAAGUCGAACAAUACUUCCGUAAAUCUUCAAAACUCGCCUGCUUCUCUGCCUCGAAACUCACUCGCGAAGCCGCGCGAAGAGCCUACGAAAAACAGAAGCGAAGUUUACAAAGUUCGGAUAUUUUACUCGAACUGCCAAACGCGCUCGAGGAUUUGUUUCCGUCCGUCCUUUGCGACCCCGCUAAGGAGGAGGAGGGAGACGAUGACGAUAAAGGCCAGAGAGAGAUUGCAGAGUAG